AAAUACAAAGGAAAAAACAAUGAAAACAGAGCAACAAAAGCCUAACCAAAGUACUUUACUUCUAUUUACUUUUUCCCUAUCCUCCGUCUUCAACCACUGAGGCUGUUCUUGCUCUUUAUUACUCUCUCAAAAAUUUCGAUACCCACUUUAGUUUUUCGUUUUUUCUCCUUCUAAAUCAUACACAUGUUGCAAAAGCCCUCAACUUUCCUUAAAAACGGAAACGCUUCUCUUCCAAUUCUUGCUUUUUGUUUUGUUUUGUUUUUUGGGGGUGUCUCGAUAUGAUAUGAGCCUUUAGAAAAUGUUUCAGCUUCUGGGAACGAUUUGUUUGGAGCUUGGAUCGCUAUUACUGUGCCGUUUUGGCUGGUUAUCGGGUCGUGAUUGGGAGAUCUCUUCAUAAAAGACCCUGAUUUCCAACUCCAAUCCUUAGAGACUCUGUUGAUUCAGGAGAAACUUUUCUGGGUGUUGUUUCUGAUAUUGUUCUCGGUGGUUUCGUGAAGCAUUUUUCAGUAUUUUGGUGAAAUAGAUCGGUUGGUGUUGAGCUCUGAUCUCGAAAGGUUUAUGCUUUUCUUGUGUUUGGGGGUUGUCUAGUAAUAGACAAAACGAGGAUAACGAUGUGUCCAAUCUGGAUAUCGCUGUCUCUUCUUGCUUUAUCUCUAUCCUGGCGGUACACUAUCAAAUAUUAGAGAAAUACAAAAAGUUGCAGAUUUACACUGGUGCCCAUUUUUAGUUCUUUCAGGUGCUAAGGGUUCGUGAGAUUGUGUGAUUAAGGAGGAUAAAGUAUCUGGGUUUGCUUCAAAUUUCGUGGGCACUGUGAUUUGUGGUUCUAAGCUCUGAGUGAAGUCCCACUCGUGUCCCUUUUCUAUUAUAUUUUCUUGAGCUUCAGAAAGUGUGAUAAUUUGGAUAAGCGAAGCGUCUCGGGCUUGUAUCAGGUUUUUAGCUCCUUCAAAUAUUGUGGAUUUGGGUUAUUUAUAAAUUGCCUUCUCAUAUCUGUAUUGGUUUUGAAGCUUCAUGAAUUGCUUCAAAGUGUAGUUAAGGGAGUGAAUUGCUUCUACUUUUUAGUACUAACAAGCUCUACAAGUUGCUUAAAUUAGAUUUUGAGGGAAGAAAGCGGUACUUGGGUUUGUUUGUUUGUUGGUGGAGCUGCUUGAGCUUGUCAUCGAGGAAGAGAAACCCCACUUUGGGUUUUUCGGUUCCACUUCUUUUGUGGGUAUCUGUGAAGAAUUGUGGUGAUUUUUAAUUUGAAGAUGGCAAUGUCCUGCAAGGAUGGUAAGCAACCAGCGAACUUCGACAAUGGCAAGUAUGUCCGCUACACGCCUGAGCAGGUCGAAGCCCUGGAGAGGCUCUAUCACGACUGCCCCAAACCCAGCUCCAUUCGUCGCCAACAGUUCAUUAGGGAGUGCCCCAUUCUCUCUAACAUUGAACCCAAACAAAUCAAAGUUUGGUUUCAGAAUAGAAGAUGCAGAGAGAAGCAGAGAAAAGAGGCAUCCCGCCUUCAAGCAGUGAAUAGGAAGCUGACGGCAAUGAACAAGCUUCUAAUGGAGGAAAAUGAUAGGUUGCAGAAGCAGGUGUCACAGCUGGUGUAUGAAAAUGGUUACUUUCGCCAGCAUACUCAGAACACAACGCUUGCAACCAAAGAUACAAGUUGUGAAUCAGUGGUAACAAGCGGUCAACACCACUUGACACCUCAGCAUCCGCCAAGGGAUGCGAGUCCUGCAGGACUUUUGUCCAUUGCAGAAGAGACUUUAACAGAGUUUCUUUCAAAGGCCACUGGAACUGCUGUGGAGUGGGUCCAAAUGCCUGGAAUGAAGCCUGGUCCGGAUUCCAUUGGAAUCAUUGCUAUUUCUCAUGGUUGCACUGGUGUGGCAGCACGAGCCUGCGGCCUGGUUGGUCUAGAGCCUACAAGGGUUGCAGAAAUCCUCAAGGAUAGGCCGUCAUGGUUCCGGGAUUGCCGAGCUGUGGAUGUGCUGAAUGUGCUGCCCACUGCCAAUGGUGGAACCAUUGAGCUGCUGUACAUGCAGCUCUAUGCACCAACAACGUUGGCACCUGCUCGUGACUUCUGGUUGUUGCGCUAUACUUCUGUUUUAGAAGAUGGUAGCCUUGUGAUAUGUGAGAGAUCACUUAAAAAUACACAAAAUGGCCCAAGCAUGCCACCAGUACAGCAUUUUGUGAGAGCUGAAAUGCUGCCAAGUGGGUACCUUAUAAGACCUUGUGAAGGGGGGGGCUCAAUCAUACACAUAGUUGAUCAUAUGGAUUUAGAGCCCUGGAGUGUGCCUGAAGUGCUGCGACCCCUGUAUGAAUCAUCAACAGUGCUUGCUCAAAAGACAACGAUGGCGGCGCUGCGCCAGCUAAGGCAGAUAGCUCAGGAGGUUUCUCAGUCUAGUGUUACCAACUGGGGCAGACGACCAGCAGCACUGCGAGCAUUGAGUCAGAGGUUAAGCAGGGGUUUUAAUGAGGCUCUCAAUGGUUUUACUGAUGAGGGAUGGUCAAUGAUGGGAAAUGAUGGCAUGGAUGAUGUAACUAUCCUGGUUAAUUCAUCUCCUGAGAAAUUAAUGGGUUUAAAUCUUCCCUUUACUAAUGGAUUUCCAGCAGUCAGCAAUGCAGUGUUAUGUGCCAAAGCAUCAAUGCUUUUGCAGAAUGUUCCUCCUGCAAUCCUCCUUAGAUUCUUGCGGGAGCACAGGUCUGAAUGGGCAGACAACAAUAUUGAUGCUUACUCGGCUGCUGCAAUUAAAGUUGGUCCUUCUGGCUUACCAGGAUCUCGAGUUGGAAGUUUUGGAGGUCAAGUCAUACUCCCUCUUGCUCAUACUAUUGAGCAUGAAGAGUUUUUGGAGGUCAUUAAAUUGGAAGGUGUAAGCCAUUCUCCAGAAGAUCCAAUGAUGCCUAGGGACAUGUUUCUAUUGCAACUAUGUAGUGGAAUGGAUGAGAAUGCUAUUGGCACCUGUGCUGAACUUAUAUUUGCUCCCAUUGAUGCAUCCUUUGCUGAUGAUGCACCUCUUCUGCCUUCUGGUUUUCGCAUCAUCCCCCUUGAUUCUGGAAAGGAAGCCUCCAGUCCAAAUCGCACCCUGGAUCUUGCUUCUGCCCUUGAAAUUGGACCUGCUGGAAACAAAUCCUCCACUGAUUAUUCUGCUAAUUCUGGCUGUGUGAGAUCUGUGAUGACAAUUGCAUUUGAAUUUGCAUUUGAGAGCCAUAUGCAAGACCAUGUAGCAUCAAUGGCUCGACAAUAUGUCCGAAGUAUUAUAUCAUCUGUUCAGAGAGUGGCAUUAGCACUUUCUCCUUCUCAUUUGGGGUCACAUGCUGGUCUUCGAUCGCCACUUGGUACUCCUGAAGCACAGACUCUUGCUCGUUGGAUCUGUCAGAGCUAUAGGUGCUACUUGGGUGUGGAGUUGCUCAAAUCAAGCAGCGAAGGAAGUGAAACUAUUCUCAAAACCCUGUGGCAUCAUUCAGAUGCCAUCAUGUGCUGCUCUCUGAAGGCUUUGCCAGUCUUCACUUUUGCAAACCAAGCAGGGCUUGAUAUGUUGGAGACUACUUUGGUAGCAUUGCAAGACGUAACUUUGGAAAAGAUAUUUGAUGAUCAUGGUCGAAAGACUCUCUGCUCAGAGUUCCCACAGAUAAUGCAACAGGGUUUUGCUUGUCUUCAAGGUGGAAUCUGUUUGUCGAGCAUGGGGAGACCAGUCUCGUAUGAGCGAGCAGUGGCCUGGAAGGUGUUAAAUGAAGAAGAAACUGCACACUGCGUCUGCUUUAUGUUUAUAAACUGGUCUUUUGUCUGAGAAACUAUAUUGUUUUGUUGGGCUUGUUUAUCUAUAAUGUAUGACAGCCGUGGAAUACUUAGUAGAACCAUCAAGGACCGUGCCUUCGUUCAUUUGCCAUGUACUAAACUUCAUUUUGUGUGUGGGAACUAGGAAUCGUUGUCCUAGAAAUUAAUCGGAUGGUUGUAUGUGACAGUAUAUUACUAUUACUAAGGUUGCAAUCACUUUGUUUGA